AUGGCCCCGCCCUCAUCCUGCUCCGCGGCUGAAAACACGCCGUCCAACUGCUGCGUCACGGCUGCGUUUUCCGUGUCCCCACCGACGAAGUUCCGUUCGAUGGAGGAGAUAAUGCGGGUGGCGUUGCCCGCCGCUCCCAUCACCGGCGAGUACUACGUGGACCUCCGUUGCGAGGAGUGCCGGUCCGGUGACCGAGAGGAGGAAAUGGUCCUGUGCGACCGCUGCGACCGCGGGUACCACUUCUACUGCCUCCGGCCAAUCGUUGUUAGAGUUCCGUCCGGGACCUGGUUCUGCCCUAGCUGCGCGGGAGAAAGAUCGUUUGAAAGGUUUCCGAUGGUGCAGACAAAGAUUAUUGAUUUCUUUAGGAUUCAAAUGGCGACGGACGAGAAAAGUCGCCCUUCCCCAGAUAGGAAGAAGCGCAAGAGACGUUCCAUAGUUAUGUCCAAGAAGAGAAGAAGAUUAUUACCAUUUAAUCCUACAGAAGAUGCUGCUCGGCUACUUCAACAAAUGGGUUCUCUUGCCACUGCAUUAACGGCAAUGAACAUGGAAUUCAGCAAUGACUUGAAUUAUCUACCUACAAUGGUUGAUAGAUCUUGCAACCAAGCAAAUUUAGAAAUUGGUGGCAUGCAGAUCCUUCCAAGGGAAGGUAAAGAGGCACUGGAGCUUUGCAAAGCAAUGUAUAAAAGAGGGGAAUGUCCUCCUCUGUUGGUAGUUUUUGAUCCAAUUGAAGGGUUUACUGUUCAGGCUGAUGGCUUUAUAAAGGAUAUGACACUUAUAGCUGAGUAUACAGGUGAUGUGGACUACUUGAAAAACCGGGAACAUGAUGACUGUGAUAGUAUCAUGACCCUUCUUCUAGCUAGAGACCCUUCACAUAGUUUAGUGAUUUGUCCUGAUAACCGUGGAAAUGUUUCUCGUUUCAUUAGUGGUAUUAACAAUCACUCUCGGGAUGGCCGGAAGAAACAGAACGUUAAGUGUGCAAGAUAUAAUGUAGACGGUGAGUGCAGGGUCUUGCUGGUUACUUGUCGUGAUAUAUAUCGUGGAGAACGGCUAUAUUAUGAUUACAAUGGAUACGAGAAAGAAUACCCGACUCACAAUUUUGUUUAA